GGCUCCCAGCUCCCAUUGUCUCCGCAGAUGCCGCUUGGUCCUGCUAUCGUGCUCGGUGUUCAGUUUUCUGAAGACACACUUUGCAGAACCAGGGCUGCAGCAGCUAUGUUCGCUCUGCCACCUCUUCUGCUUUUGCUGCUGUCUCUGUGCCCCGGUCCUGGUCCUGGACCCGGGAGUGAGGCAAAGGUCACCCGGAGUUGCACUGAGACCCGGCAGGUGCUGGGGGCUCGGGGAUAUAGCUUAAGCCUACUCCCUCCCGCAGUGAUCUCAGGUGAGCACCUUCGGAUCUGUCCCCAGGAGUACACCUGCUGUUCCAGUGAGAUAGAGCAGAGGCUGACUUGGGAGACUGAGGCCACCUUCAGAGGCCUGGUGGAGGAGAGCGGCUCAUUCCUGGUUCACACACUGGCUGCCCGGCACAGAAAAUUUGAUGAGGUUUUUCGGGAGAUGCUCUCGUCAUCUGAGCACUCUCUGGCCCUGCUCUUCCACCGCUCCUACGGCCACCUGUAUUCCCAGCACGCCCCUGUAUUCACUGGCUUGUUCUCUCGGCUGCGGGACUACUAUGAGAGGUCCGGUGAGGGGUUAGAGGACGCUUUGGUGGAUUUCUGGGCACAGCUCCUGGAGAAAAUGUUCCCCCUGCUGCAUCCACACUACAUCUUCUCCCCCGACUACCUGUUUUGCCUCACUCGCCUCGCCUCCUCUCCUGAUGACUCUCUGAAGCCUUUUGGGGAGGCACCCCGCCGCCUCCGCCUGCAGAUAACCCGGGCCCUGGUGGCUGCCCGGGCCUUUAUCCAGGGCCUGGAAACCGGAAGAGAUGUGGUCAGCGAAACACUUAAGAUGCCGUUGUCCGAAGGCUGUAGGCAGGCUGUGAUGCGUCUGACCGGCUGUCCUCUUUGUCGGGGUGUCCCCUCGCUGCCACCCUGCCGGGGCUUCUGCCUCAACGUGGCCCAUGGCUGUCUCAGCAGCCAGGGACUGGAUCCUGACUGGGGGGCCUAUCUGGAUGGUCUCCUGUUCCUGGCCGAGAAGCUCCAGGGCCCUUUUUCUUUUGAACUGGCAGCCCAGUCCAUUGGGGUGAAGAUCUCAGAGGGUUUGGUGUAUCUGCAGGAAAACAGUGCAGUGGUGUCAGCCCAGGUGUUUCGGGAAUGCGGGAAUCCCCAAAGGGCACCGUCCCGCGCCCGCCGAGCCCCAGCCCCCCGGGAGGAGGUGAGCCGCCUCUGGACCCCGGCGGCGGCGGCGGCGGCGGGGGCGGGGGCGGCGGGGACGGAGGAGGAGAGGCCCACGACGGCCGCAGGCACCAGCCUGAACCGCCUGGUGUGGGAGCUCCGCGAUCGGCUGGGCCGGGUGAGGGGCUUCUGGGCCGGGCUGGCCCUGACGGUAUGCGCGAACCCCCGCAUGGCGGCGGACAUCUCGCAGGAGGCGGCGCCCUGCUGGACAGGAGCUGGGCGGGGCCGGUAUUUGUCGCCUGUGGUCGCAAGUUCCCUGGAGCAGCUCGAAAACCCAGAGCUGGACCGUGAAUCCUUGAGAUCUGACGUCCAGACACGCAGGCGGCGGCUGCAGCUCCGGUUAGCCACGACCAGGAUGAGGGCGGCCGCCCUGGGACGUGACAUGGAACUGGAGGACUGGGAUGAGGAGGAGGAGGACGCCAGCGGUUCUGGAGAGGGACAGCACUAUGCAGAUGACUGGAUGGCUGGGGCAGCAGCUGUGGCCCCCCCAGCCCGGCUGCCUCGCCCUCCUCGAAGGGACACUUCUGGGGGCAAAGGAGGAGGUGUCCUUGUCCGCCACAACCAGGGCAGGAGCAGGACUGGGGGGACAUCUGUUGGUUUUCACACCCAACCCAUCCUCAUUCUCUUCCUCUCAGCCCUGGCCCUGCUUGGACCAAGAUAACAGGGGAAGGGUGCCCUAGCAUCAGAAGGGUUCAUGGCCCUUCCCCUCCUCCCCCUCUCCCUCAGCUGGGUCUGGGAAGGAGUCGAAGGGGGAUGCAGAGAGGUAGAGAAAGGGACUUUUUGGGUGAAUGGCUGGGGCCCCAAAUCCAGGAGAUUACCAUUGGUGGGUUGGGGGUGGGUGGGUGUUCAUAAUAUUUAUUUUUUCAUUUACAAUCUGGGGAGGAGGGGCUGGGGGUAUUUAUUUAGGAAGAAGGCGUGUGCUUUCCAAGCACACCUCUAUGUUGGGCAAGUUGUCAGCCCCAACAAAG